GAGAGGGGAAGAGGUAAACAGAACAAAGCAGGGAGAGUGUGUGAGAAAGAGAGAAAGAGAGAGUGUGUGUGUGUGUGAGAGACAGAGACAGACGGAGAGAGUGUAAGGUCUUGGAAGGUCUUGGCCCCUGCUGUUGGGUGUGUAGAGCAAGAGAUCUGGGAGGAGGAGAAAGAGACAGAGAGCAGAAGGAGACCGGCCGUCACACACACAGACAUGCUGCCCCACAGUUGGAUCAGUGCCCUGCCCCUCCUGCUGUUUCUGUCCAGUGGGAGCGCAGACCCGUCCAGGAGCGCCCGACAGGCCCAAGCAGGUAGUCACCCAGGUGUGUGUCGCUAUGGCAGGCGACUGGAGUGCUGCUAUGGCUGGAAGAGGAACAGAUUCGGGCAGUGUGAAGCCCAGUGCGAACACGGCUGCAAGCACGGGGAGUGCGUUGGCCCCAACAAAUGCAAAUGCUCUCCGGGGUUCACAGGAAAGACCUGCAGUCAAGAUCUGAACGAGUGCGGCCUGAAGCCACGCCCGUGUGAACACCGCUGCAUGAACACGCACGGCAGCUACAAGUGCUACUGCCUCAACGGAUACACACUCUCGCCUGAUGGGUCCUGCGUCAACUCAAAGACGUGUGCCCUGGCUCACUGUCAGUACGGCUGUGAGGAGGUGCAGGGGGAGAUGCGCUGUAUCUGCCCCUCGGCUGGACUUCAGCUGGCCCCAGACGGAAGGAACUGUGUCGAUAUUGAUGAAUGUGGGUCGGGAAAGGACCUCUGUCCCUCCAACAGAAGAUGUGUCAACACUUUCGGCAGCUACUUCUGCAAGUGCCAGACUGGGUACGACCUGAAGUAUGCAGAUGGGAAAUAUGACUGCUCAGAUAUUGACGAAUGUGCUGCCGGUGUCCACGCCUGCAGUCGCCAUGCCGACUGCUACAACACCCAGGGGUCCUACAAAUGUAGGUGCAAACCAGGUUUCCGUGGAAACGGAAUCGAAUGCUCCGUAAAGCCAUUUUAUCAGAAUUCAUGGGAUGGAGACAGGGGCAGUGCCGAUGAGUCACUCAACGCCCUCCCCGACCCCCCCGUCAAAUUCCCACACGACGACCAUCUGAAGAACGUGAUCCCCGAGCCGGAGGUCACGACGCCACCCCGGCUUCGCCUGCAGCCCUUCGACUACGACGGGGAGGUGUACAUCGGCAACACUGAGGAGGAGCACGGCAACUUCUCUGAGGAAGAGGAGGAGGAAGGGGAGGAGAACCAGGUGGAGAACGAGGAUCUGAGUCCCAGAGGGGAUGUCUUCUCUCCGGAGUCAGUCUUGGGUCCAAAGACGGAGGUGAAGGGGAUUCCUGUGACUCAUGGACUGGAGGAGUUCAUCAUGGACUGCAACUUCGACCAGGGAGCGUGUGAGUGGGUGCAGGAUAAGGAGGAUGACUUUGACUGGGGUGUGUCCUACCACGAUAAAGGAAUAGGGAACUACAUGGCAGUGAGCGGUCUCCUGGGCGAACCCAAGGACCUGGCGCGUCUGCGGCUGCUCCUGAGCGACCGGGCCCAGAAGGCCGGCUUCUGCCUCACCUUCAACUACCGUCUGGCGGGGCGGCAGGCCGGGGCGCUGCGGGUGCUCCUGGAUAACAGCCGCUACGCCGUGUGGGAGCAGAGCCGCAGCCGCGACCCCGACUGGCACACAGAGCUGCUCAGCGUGGCCUGGGAGCAGGAGCCCCCGCAGGCGAUCAUCUUUGAGGCAGAACGAGGCACAUCUGGAGGGGAAAUCGGGCUGGACAACGUGGUGCUAACCUCAGGUACCUGCCAGGAGGAUGAACCUGGAAUCUUCUGAGCUGCGUCACACCUGUUUUUACCUGUGUAAUCCAGGGAAUGUGUCAGCACCUGUCCCAGAUGUCCAUAGUCAAUGCUGCAUCAUUCACGCCUAGUCCCAACUCACAGACAGACAUCAAAGGAACAAACUAUACUACAUUUGAAAUCUGAUGCAACUGUGUAUCUCCCCCUUCUGACAAAUAUUAAUCCGUUGAAGUGUAGGUUUUAUUUUUUGGAUUUUUUCCCCCCUAAAUUCUAAGUCAGUGUUCUAGAACUCCAUUGCUUUCAAUUGCCAUGAGUGAUUGCUACAUCAGCAUUAGAAUGUUCAGUUAAGAACAUGCUAAUCACAUAUUUGUGAUCUCACACCUUAUGAGUUAAGGACACACAUAUCAUUGCAAGAUGCUGAGCUGUACACAGGGUUGCUUUCGUGGCUGAUCACCCUCAACUGUAUACCCCCAUUUACAGCAUUCAAAAAAUUACACAACUGCCACAACAUUCAACAAUUAAUCCUGUAUGAGCCACAAAGCUAGGGAUUUGCACACAUGCAUUCAACAUGUACAGACUGCUUGUGUGCCCGAGAUACAAUUUUUUGAUAAAAGUGAUAAGCCUGAACGAACCCAGCGCUUUCAUCUUCCAUGUCUCAUGUUUUCAGCCGAUUAAGAAAUAAUCAGUAACUCUCAGUCUCAGUAAAGCAAAAUCUGUGUUUGUAUGGUUUUGCUUUAGUUUUGAUGUGGUACAAGGGUGCAGCGGUGUACUGUGUAAUUAGCAGAUGCUUAACAUCACUAAGGCAGGGACUGGUUUCAUUUGGAACACUGCAAAUAAAAUGAAUUCUAGAUUAAUCCUGAAGUAUUACUUAGCAGUCUUUAGUUGUCAUUAUUGUCCGUUUUUAUUAUUUUAAGAUUCUAUCUCACAACUGUUGUAAAUUCUGUUUUCAUACUGUACUGCAA